AAAGCACAAUGCGUUCGCGGCAGAACGAAAUUUACACGACAGAGACCGUAAUUUCGCACGCAACAAAAAUUGAUAAAAUCACAUUUUGCGAAUAACUUCAGCGACAGAAUAGAAACCCUAGCCAAGAUUUUCAAUCCAUCGCGUGCUUCAUAAAUCGCCUGAGAUCCCGCAAUUCCGCCACCAUAAUCGCCGAUCCUGUUCCUUUCCUACCUUCCGGCAAUCAUCAUCGUGGUUUGAAAUGGACAGUGAUAACGAUUUCACUUUUUGUCAGGUCAGUACACCAGUAGUGGAAACUAAGGAGCUUGUUUCAAAUAUUGCUGAUAUUUCCAUAAAGGAAGAACCCUCAAAUGCAAGUAGUAGUAAUCACAACAAUGGUGGUUUCUUAUGGAAGGAUGGUUUAGUUAAUGAUUCUUCCAACUCUAAAAAGGAGGGAACAGUUGGUUCUUUGUCUUUCAGUGUAACCAGCACAGCAACUGAAUCAAACCAAAGUGAUACUAAAAAUUUGCCUCAGAAGUUGCCAGAACAGAAGAGUUCUAUUAAAAAGCCAACGGUUCGGGCCAAAGUUCCUUUUGAGAAGGGUUAUAGUCAAAUGGACUGGCUCAGGCUUACUCGAACUCAUCCCGACCUUGCAGGUCUAAAAGGACAGUCAAACAGGAGACUUAUAUCGAUGGAUGAAGUUAGAAAACACAAAUUAGAAGGCGAAAUGUGGACUGUAUUAAAAGGCCGUGUUUACAAUAUAUCACCAUAUAUGAAGUUUCACCCUGGAGGUGUUGAUAUGUUGAUGAAAACAGUGGGAAAAGAUUGCACAUCUCUAUUCAAUAAAUACCAUGCUUGGGUUAACGCGGAAUUCUUACUGGAGAAAUGCCUUGUAGGUACUUUAGAUGAAAGUCAGUGAAGAAAGAACAGUUAUAUUAUAAUAUGAAUAAUCACAUGAACCUACCCUUGGCUCAAGUCUGUUAAAUUAUCUCUAAUUUUGGGCCCUCUUCUAUUUAUAGGGCAAAUAGUCAUCAUUCAAUAAGAAACAAAUAAAUAAAUUCUAUACAUAUACUCGUUUCUGUUUAAAGAAACCCAAUGAGAUCUUGGUAUACAGUUAUUGGUGAGUACAGCUAUUUUUGUUAUCUGGAAUUUUGGAUUAGCGAUGCGAGUAACAUUUAGUAAA